AUUACACAAAAUUGAGAUCUUUUAACGAAAGAGGAAUGUUCGUUCUCACAGACUGCUUCGACUGCGACUGGGGCUUCCUUUAAAUCUCAAGGCAGUUGAAAUCAGAACUCUUCUGGCGCAUGUUCUGCUCUGUUCUAUUCUAUCAAAAUCAAAUCAAAUUUCAUAUAUUUCAAUCUACCGUUAACCAUAUUUAAUCCAAAGUUUCGAUCUUUAACCCCAAAACUCAUCUGAAAAGCCGUUCAUUUUCAGUUUCACAACUAUCUCAAACCCCCAUUCAGCCAAAUGUGCAAGACUCACCAUUUCCACUCCCAAAUCCAAGCCCUAGAAUGCGGAACCUCGGUUUAGGGAGAAGCUUUGUUCCGUUUUCGAUUUCUCACACACAUGGCGAAGCACUCGGUUGGUUGGGUCGCCUCGCAGAAGCGGUGGCUCCUCGCGUUCCUCGUCAUGCUUUCGGCCUCUACCCUGAUCGCCUUCUUCAUCAGAGCCGCCUUCGAUACUUGCGAUCGGAAUCUUGACGUCGUUGACAAGAGGCCCAGUACGGUCCCCUCCUCUGGUUUAAUCGUCGGAGCUACUCCAAACCCACUUAAGUUUAUGAAAUCUAAGCUGGUUCUAUUGGUUUCGCAUGAGCUAUCUCUUUCUGGAGGGCCCUUAUUGCUGAUGGAGCUAGCAUUUUUGUUAAGAAGUGUUGGUGCUGAAGUUUAUUGGGUUACAAUUCAAAAGCCAGUUGAUACAGGUGAAGUGGUUUACAGUUUGGAGCAUAAGAUGUUGAAUCGAGGAGUUCAGGUGUUUUCUGCAAGGGGUCAAGAAGCUGUGGAUACAGCUCUCAAAGCUGACUUAGUUGUUUUGAACACUGCUGUUUCUGGGAAAUGGUUAGACUCAGUUCUCAAGGAACAUGUUCGCCAUGUUCUCCCAAAAGUCCUAUGGUGGAUCCAUGAGAUGCGAGGACAUUACUUCAAAUUAGAUUAUGUCAAGCACCUGCCUUUAGUUUCUGGUGCUAUGAUUGAUUCCCAUGUAACGGCAGAAUAUUGGGAGAACAGGACCCGAGAGCGUUUGAGGAUCAAAAUGCCUCAUACAUAUGUUGUUCACCUUGGAAACAGCAAGGAACUAAUGGAUGUUGCUGAAGAUCGUGUGGCAAAAAGGGUUUUGCGUGAGCAUGUCCGGGAAUCUCUCGGUGUGCGAAGUGAAGAUAUAGUCUUUGCCAUCAUAAACAGUGUUUCACGUGGAAAAGGGCAGGAUCUAUUUCUGCGUUCCUUCUAUGAAAGUUUGCAAAUGAUUCAAGAGAAAAAGCUGCAGGUGCCAAUGAUGCAUGCCGUAAUUGUGGGAAGCGACAUGAAUGCUCAGACCAAGUUUGAAUCAGAACUACGUAAUUAUGUAAUGCAGAAGAAAAUGCAAGAUCGUGUUCAUUUUGUGAACAAAACUCUGACUGUUGCUCCUUAUUUAGCUGCAAUUGAUGUUCUUGUUCAAAAUUCUCAGGCACGAGGCGAAUGUUUUGGCAGGAUAACCAUUGAAGCAAUGGCAUUUCAGCUUCCUGUACUGGGAACAGCAGCAGGAGGCACUACAGAGAUUGUAGUGAAUGGAACAACGGGUUUUCUGCAUCCUGCUGGGAAGGAAGGAGUUACUCCUCUUGCAAAAAAUAUAGUUAAGCUUGCUACUCAUGUCGAGAGAAGGCUUACGAUGGGGAAGAGAGGCUACGAAAAGGUAAAAGAGAGGUUCUUAGAGCACCACAUGGCAGAUAGAAUUGCGACUGUUCUGAAGGAAGUCCUGCGGCGGUCAAAGAGCCACACAGAUUCUUAACUCUUUUCCCUUUAUACUAGUGGUGACUGGUGAAUGCUACAAGUUUCAUCUGAAAUGUUAACUAUACAGAAAAAUCAGAUAUACCAUUAUGGUCCUUUCAUGUUGGCUACUCUUAUCGGUACUGAAAGGGUUGUACAUCAUGUACAUAUAAAGAGAUAAAGAUAGUAGCCUGUUGAUAGAAGAGGUGAUGCAACUAGAAGUAACACAAAUUUUCCUUGCAUAGCGUUGACUGACUAGUUAGACAUUAUAUUUGCUCGGUAAUUAGAUGUUUACAAAGCAUCCAAGUGACAGUUCCUUUGAACAAGUUUAUAUGAUUUUGUUGUAAUUUUUUUCUUUGUGGGAUAGUUUCUUUUUUCUAUGCAUUGUAAGCAUUUGGUUUCUCUCUC